AUGGCACAAAGACAAAAGGCGAAAGGCAGGAAGGCAAAAGGCAGGAAAGGAAAAAGCAGAAAGGCAGAAAGACACAAAGCCGAUAGGCAGAAAGGUGAAAGGCGGAAACGCACAGAGCCGAAAAGGCAGAAAGGCAGAAAAUCGAAAGACAUAAAGGUGAAAGGAGAGAAAGGCAAAAGGCAGAAAGGCAAUAGGCAGAAAGGUAAAAGAUGGAAAGGCGAAAUGCAGAAAUGCAGAAAGCCGAAACUAGGGAAAGGCAGAAAAUCGAAAGUCAUAAAGAUGAAAGACAGAAAGAUAGAAAGACAGAAAGGUAAAAAGGCGGAAACAGAGAAAGACGAAAAGGCAGAACGGCAGAAAUUCGAAAGACAGAAAGGUGAAAGGCAAAAAGGCACAUGGUAG